AUGUCUGAUAUAAAUAUUACACUCACCAAUUCUGUUUGUAAAAUUGAACUUGACGUUACCGAGAUCAAUCAAAUUCUAGCUGCGCUGUCUGAUCAGGUCAAAAAUCAAUUUGCACGAAACAUCACCGAUGAAGAUGUAAAUAUGAUACAAAAAAGUUUCGUCGAACAAAGUGCUCGUGAUCGAAUCACCGAGUCGGUAAAAAGAUCCCAAGUGAUUGAAUAUCAUGAUCAGCUUGGUAAACGAACGAUUGACCCAAAUUCCGAAGAGUCUAUAGGAAAGAAGGUCUCUGAUAGAUUGAAGUCACUGGCACGAUCGUUGAAGCAUGAUUUGAUUGACCUGGACCAACCUGACGUGUUAAAAAACUCGAAGGAUAUCCCGGAAAAUGAUAGGGAUUUUUACAUGUUGUGCCUGGAAAAGCUUGCGAAUGACAAGGGAUUCCAAAUAUACCAGUAUCCUGAUAGUUCAGACUCUAUCAAUGACGCUUUCGAAGAUGUGGGUCGCGAUGAGUCCCCCAUCAUAGCAGACGUGGUCCUUCAAAUAACGAUGAUAAGGGUAUAUAGCCCCUUCAAAAUAACAGAAAGUGUAAACAAAUAUGUUGGAUUCGGACUAUUUAUUCGGUGUACCUCUCACUCAAACGACGACAUUUUAGGAACACUACCGGUCAAAGUGUCAAGAGAGUCAAAGAAUAUCAUAACUGCCACUUUUACAAGCCAGGAAAAUGGAAGCUGUGAAGGAUUUGUCUUCAACAAACUAAAAUAG